GGUUUCACGAACUUGGAUCGGAAUUGGAGCAGAAGUCAAAAAUAUAAUAAGAAAAAAAAAAGUAAUAUUUUUUUUUAUUUGCGCUUUGUUGAAAGGUUUACCUGAGGGGGAAACCAUAUCACUGUUUGUAAGCCGGUGUUAUAAUUAGUCGGUAGAGUUUAAACGAGACCAAGUUAUCGCUUGAUGCAUGUUAUAAACUUGUUAUUCACGCUCUUAACGCUCAGAUGUGUGUGUAGGCCUGCUAAAAUGUAAAUAUAAACGCGGGACAACACAUGCGCAAUAGAAACAGAGUGACUCCCCGUAUAUAAAGUGUUGGCGCCGGCGCGAGUCCUUCACUUUACUUCAAACUACUCCGAAAAGAAAAGCCUGAACAUACAGCAUUACAAGCCCAAUAUACAGCAUAAUGACUAGACGAAGUGGACGCCUUCAAGCUAAAAACGAAAAUGGAGCCACCCAUACAGACAAGAUAGCAAAAGUCAAGAAGGAGCAAUGCAACAGGAAGAAAGCCCUGACCAAAAUGCUAACUAGUGAAACUCAGAACCUAUGGGCUCAUGAGGGACCAUGCAAAGCUGAAGUCAUAAUUGAAACCCCUAUGGAUGGUCUUCAUGAUUCAUUUGAUCAGCCAGGCUUGUCCAAAUGUUCUAGACCAUCACCUCUGCCCCGACUCAGCUGGGGGAGUUCGGAGGACGUGUGGGUUAAGAUGUUGAGUAAAGAGAUCAAGUACAAGCACAGUAAUACCUGUCUGGAGAGGCAUCCGAGACUCCAGCCCAAGAUGAGAGCAGUUCUACUCGACUGGCUCAUGGAGGUAUGUGAGGCUUAUUUGCUUCACAGACAGACAUUCUACCUGGCACAGGACUUCUUUGACAGAUUCAUGCUUACCCAAGACGACAUGGAAAAGGAGCGUCUGCAGCUCAUCGGCAUCACGGCUCUCUUCAUCGCCUCCAAAAUUGAGGAAAUUUAUCCACCCAAGCUCACGGAGUUGGCCUACGUCACAGAUGGCGCAUGUCUUGAAGAGGAGAUCCUACAAAUGGAGCUUAUGAUGUUAAAAGCAUUAAAUUGGGACCUGUAUCCUGAAACUGUUGUUUCGUGGAUGAAGCUUUACAUACAGAUGGCCUCGGUGUAUGAUUUCACUAAUGUGCUGGUGCCGCAGUUCUCUCAAGAGACGUACAUACAGAUUACACAGCUUUUAGAUUUGUGCAUCCUGGAUAUCAGCUCACUGGAGUUUAAAUAUGGAGUGCUGGCUGCAGCUGCCUUUUGCCACUUUAUAUCUUUUGAAGUCGUACAAAAGGUAUCAGGUUUAACCUGGGAGGCAGUAGAGAGCUGUGUGAACUGGAUGGCUCCUUUUGCAGAGACCAUGAUGGGUUAUGAGAGCGCAAAGCUUAAAAGUUUUGCUAAAGUCUCUUCUGAGGACCGACACAACAUUCAAACCCACAUCAACUACCUCUCCAUGCUGCAUGAAGCACAACAAACACGCACUAUUCCCACAAAUGGCGUCUUUCCCCCUACACCACCAAGCAGCGCAGAGAAAUCCAGCACACACUGAGCCAUCAGCACACCGAGUGCUGCAAUCUGACCCGUGCUCCUCUCUUCCCUAAAGCUAAAGUCACCGGGCUGAAACAGUCUUCUUUAUGGAGCGGUUGGGAGAUUAUUAUAUUGUAUAAUGUGAAUAGGAAGGUUGACAUUUGUUUUUUAAAAAAAAUAAAAAAUAAAAAAAAAGAGAGAGAGAAGAAGAAGAAAAAAAAAAAGACUUCCAUAAACUGCUUUCCAUUUCAGCCCAAAACAGUCAAAAUAAAACUUCACUAUAGAUAGAAUUCACUAAGAUAUAAAGCACAUCCUCAGGGAUUUUAUUUGCAUCACUGUUCGAGUACAGUUUGUAAAUAAAUGUUUGAUUAUUUAAGAAGCUUAACUUUCAAAAUAUUUGAAAAACAAUGUGACCCUGGAAGAUUUAACGAUUCUAAAUUUAUGUCCACAUAUAAUGUGCAAUAUUCUUUGCUAUGUAACUACUAAAAAUGAAUUAUAAUGGUACUGUAAAAGGACCAAGUUAACAAAUGUCUUAAAAUAUUAUAAUUUUUUAAAAUUUUGCCAUCUGAACACCUGUGAACCUGAAUUUUUUUUUUUUUUUUUUUGUAAAGUAUGUGCUGUAUUCGCUGAAAUUGUACAGAUUUAACCUAUUACUGUGCUGUUGAGUUUAGCUUUAUAAAGUAACAGGUAACUGUACAUAUAUAUAUAUAUAUUUUAAAAAUACACAUGAAUAUGGAUAUAUUUUGAUCAUAGAGCAACAGUGUAUAUUUGUAAAAGAAAUAUACAGGAAAAAAUACUGGAGUUACUGAAUGUAUUUAUUUUUGUUGUUUAAAAAAAAAAUGUACAUUUUUGGUGUUGUGAAUUUACUUCAAAAGUAAAGUUUGGCCAUGGCCUGAA